GUCUCAAAUUAUAGGCCGCAGCUAUCGACAAGCAAUUAUCUGGAUAUGUCGCUGACCCCUUUCUGCAUACCAACGAAAGACCGGCUGACUACCAUCUCUCGCUUGAUUGAAGAUCUAUUAGAGACAUCGUGGCUUUUGCAUAUUUUGGGUUCUCAAAGCGCCUGUGUCGAGAGAUAUCUUUGGAUACUUAGGUACUUUUACGACAUGCCUCCCCGUCGCAGAUCAGCAGCCAAGGGGGAUGCAACUCCCACCAGCGCUACGUCACACAAGCGACGGAUCUCUGAGACACUGACCACAGCAGCAAGCAACACACCCGGGAGUAGAGUAUCGAAGCGACUCAAGGACUCUGCUCAUAAUCAAACCAAGGCGACACCCACCAAAAGCAAAUAUUUUGAGGGAGCCGGCACCGACGAUGAAGAUGAUGCCGACUCUGUCGACAACGACUCCGGCGAUUCGGGCUACGAGGACGAACAGGCCUCCACGGCUGAUGCUUCCGACACCAAUGCAUCGGACGAGGACGAGGACGAGGACGAGGAUGACUAUGAUUCAGAUGAGAAGCCGAGGGCCCAAAAGAAGAAAAAGGGGCCUGCCAGGUCUUCGGGCGCCAACGCCAAGGAUCUUUGGCGACCUGGUGUGAAGACUGGCCUGGGGCCUGGUAGAGAAGUCUUUAUCGAGAAACCUAAGCCAAGAGGCGACGGCGGAAUCAAAUACGAGCCGGGCAAGAUCCAUCCGAAUACUAUGGAGUUCUUGCGGGAUCUCAAAAAGAACAAUGAUAGAGAGUGGUUGAAAAUGCAUGACCCGGACUAUCGCACCUCGUGGAAAGACUGGGAAAGCUUUGUCGAAGUCCUGACAGAGAAGAUCUCAGAGAUCGACGAAACAAUCCCCGAAUUGCCACCAAAAGACCUGGUCUUCCGAAUAUAUCGAGACGUCAGGUUCUCGUCUGAUCCCACACCUUACAAGCCUCACUUUUCAGCUGCAUGGUAUCAUUAUAUUCUUGUUACAUCUCGUGUUCUUGUGAUCCCUCAACACUGACACAUGGAUCCAGGUCUCGUACCGGACGGAAAGGACCGUAUGCAUGUUAUUAUGUCCAGAUACAGCCUGGGGGCAAGAGUCUAGUCGGUGCUGGACUAUGGAUGCCCGAAGCACAACCUUUGGCCCGCUUGCGAAGCAAUAUCGACAGGCGACCUGAGCAAAUUCGAUCAGUUUUGAACGCGCCCCUGAUGCGCAAGCACAUUCUAGGAGGCAUCCCCGCCGAUGAGAAGAAAGCAGUCAAAGCCUUUGCGGCUCAAAAUACCGAGAAUGCCCUGAAAACUAAACCAAAGGCAAGUCUUGCAUGUUUAUCUGGCCAGUUGGCACAGAGUAGGCGACUCCCAAUCUCGCGACUGCCCGUCAAAAUCAUUUCGCACACAUAUCGACACGCGGACGGCUGCCAUCUCCCAGGACUCGCUUGCGUAACGAUUCGACAGACAUAAGCCCGGGACGACCGGCAUCAUGUGGACCAUGGGACCCUGGGGUCCUACCAGAGAAUGGCAAUGGGUUCGCCACAUGGGCUGCACAGACAAUACUUCGGGAGCCUAGACAUCCACCAACCCCUCUCCCGCAGGUUUGGCCAGUCAAAUCCCCCACCUGGCUGCGUGUGAACGACGUCCAGCACCACGCCUGACAUUCCAAGACCUUCGCUAAGAGAGACCAACCUACGGAGUAAAGCAUAAAGACUCUUGGAGGUGGCUCCCGGCGGGCAUGUGGAAAAGGAGAAGGAGAAGUAAAGACCUGGGCCUCCUGCGAGCGGGAAGUCCACGAGCUGGGAGGUGCCCCCUCGGCCCCUUCUAGCCACGGUCUCGGGUCGUCCCCGAUUAUCGACUGCAACCCACUCACAGGCGCACCUCUCAUCACUACUCCCUAUACGUCCCAUGAAUCGUUUGCAGCACGUGGCCGUGGACGACAGAGAGAAAAGAUAUUGCAUAAGAAAUGGAACCAGCUAACCGUGACUUCCUGCAGGGUUACGAGGCCGAUCAUCGAAGUAUUGAGCUCCUUCGCCUACGGAACUUCACAAUUGGCAAGAGGUUGCCAGACGAGCAGAUAGUUGGGUCCCGUGGCCUCGAGGUGAUUCUGCAGCUGAUAGGUGUAAUGGUCCCCUUUGUCGCUUAUCUGAAUACCAUCGUCAUGCCGGAUGAGGACGACAGUGAUGGAAGCGACGACAAUGAAAAUGACGUAUGAAUUGAUCCAGAUUGAUAAAUUAGGGAAGCGAUGGUAGGACUCAAGUCUCAAAAGGUUCGACAUACCUGUUUAAGAGGGUCAUUGUGGGCAAAAAGGGAGUCGCUGGGCCACCAGGAGGCUCGUGCUGUUGAAGCAUAUUGAUCUCCACGUGCGUGAUGGUGGUCUUGGCGGCGAGUUUGGACAGCAAAUCGCCACGCCAGUGGAGAUGUGAUCCGAGGCUGGCGGCUUGAGCGACGGCUUUAUCCAUUUGAAACGACGAUGAUGCUGGUGAGGACAGUGCACUGAGCUCUACGGAGUAUAUUGCUUGUGUAGGUUAUAGUAGCGCGAGCGCCGACCAGAUGUCAAUCCAACAGUGACAUUGACAGGACGCUAGUCUUGUGUCAGCUGUAAGCCCCGGCGAGUUUGACAGGUGACAAGUG